ACAACCCCAAGGCGAGGGCCCCGGUAAAGGACCUUGGACGGGCUGGAAGAAGGACAGGAACCCAAACUCCAGCCACUGACGGGAGGACGGAGGACAGCACGUCUGGAGGGAGCGUUCGGGAUGGCGCAGCGGUACCCAGACUGUGGAUCCGGACGGCAGUCUCCUGUCGAGGGCGCAUUCCCAGUGCAGUGCUCGGCAUCCCAGGUGGCACCGAAGGUCCAGGAGACGAUCGGAGGUGGCAGAAGCGCAGCAGCUUUUGGGCAGGAGGAGGACAGGCCCCUGGUGGUCACACAGUACGGGAAGCUCAGAGGGAAGACUGUAGCGGUGAAGGAGACGGACAGAACCGUGCACGCUUUCUAUGGCAUCCCAUUUGCAAAGCCACCAGUUGGUCCAUUAAGACUUGCAAGCCCAGAACCCCCGGAGCCCUGGGGCUUUGUCCGAGAGGCCACAGAACAACCCCCCAUGUGUCUGCAGACUGUAGAGAUAGCGGAACAAUUAAUGAAGACGUUUAAGGUCAGAAUUACAUUACCGCCAGUGUCCGAGGACUGUCUGUACCUGAAUAUCUUCUCUCCAGCUGACCGAGAGCAGAACACGAGAUUACCUGUGAUGGUGUUUAUACAUGGAGGCGGCUUGGUGAUGGGAGCAGCGAUGAUGUUUGAGGGCGUAGCAUUAAGCGCCUAUGAAAAUGUUGUUGUUGUCUCCAUCCAGUAUCGGCUGGGGCUCAUGGGUUUCCUCAGUUCUGGCGAUGAGCAGUUACCGGGAAACUACGGAUUCUUCGAUCAGGUGCAGGCGCUCCGGUGGGUUCAGGGGAACAUCGUGGAUUUUGGAGGUGACCCCAACUCUGUCACUAUAUUUGGGGAGUCUGCAGGAGGAAUCAGUGUCUCUGCUUUGGUGGUCUCUCCCUUAGCCAAAGGCUUAUUCCACAGAGCCAUUGCAGAGAGCGGAGUAGCCACCAUGCCAGGAUUAAUUGCCAACUCUGACGAGGAAGUUAUUUUUAUCAGAAAUGUGGUUGCAAAUGUGACCGGCUGUGACCAGAACAAGAUGCUGGACUGUUUCAUGGCAAAAACUGAAGAGGAGAUCAUCGCUAUAAGUUCUGUCCUGAAGUUCCUGACUUUGCCUGGAAGUGUGGACGGGUCAUUCUUCCCUAAGUCUGCAGUACAGAUUAUGGCCGAUAAGGAGAGUAACCGUGUCCCAUUUCUAACCGGUGUUACGGAUCAGGAAUUCGGCUGGAUCCUUCCAGUGGUGAUGAAUAUCAGUGGACUUAGAGAAGGAAUGGACAGAGAAACCGCCCAGGAGGUGAUAAAGAGCAACCCAUUGCUGGGUAUGUGGUCUGGAGUUAUUCCUCUGCUGCUGGAUGAAUACCUGGGGGACACGGACGAUCGCGCUGAAAUCCGCAACCGCUUCCUGGAUCUGUGCGGAGAUUUCAUCUUUGUGAUGCCGGCGCUAAAGGCCGCUAAUUAUCACAGAGAUGCCGGGAAUCCAGUCUACUUCUAUGAAUUCCAGCGCCGUCCAUCAUUCUUUAAGGAUUCCAAACCAGAUUUUGUGAAAGCUGACCAUGGAGAUGAGCUGUUCUUCGUGAUAGGAGGUCCCUUCCUGACAGGGGAUCUGCUGUUCACAGGGGCCGCAGAGGAAGAAGAGAAGGCUCUGAGUAAGACCAUCAUGAAAUAUUGGGCCAACUUUGCCCGCACUGGCAAUCCCAAUGGGCCGGGCCUCACCCACUGGCCUCAAUACGGCCAAGACGAAGGAUAUCUGAAGAUUAAUCUAGAGCAGGCAUCUGCUACAGGGCUGAAAGCGGAUAAGUACAAAUUCUGGACGACAACCAUUCCCGAAAGACUCCAGGAGCUGCAGAAGACGGGGGAGGCCCAUUCCGAGCUGUAGUUGAUCCCCAGGGAAUGAGACCCAGACCCACUCCAGUCGUACUCUGUAUGGGGAACACGUGCAGGUAGCAGGUUCCGGGCUCUGUAGAACACACCAUGCACGGAGCUGCAGGAACAGGAGAACUUCCUACUAAUACCUAAUAAGCGUUUUGCUUGAUUGAUGGUCCAACAUUAAGUAUUGAUACUGUGAAAUAUGAUGAAAUAGCUCAUUCAUUAAAGAAGAAAUUAUUUUA